AUGCCACCGAGGUUACCACAGCAGGCCGCGCGCGCCCUGCGCAGGCUGGCGAUGCCCUCAACCCCCGUCACACGAUCCUUCACCACGUCGACCGCUUUCCUCGCCGCCCCAGCCGCCUCGAGCCACCCGUCGCUCCGCCUCCCCGCCGACUACGUUCCGCCCACGAAGCCCCCCUCCGCCCGUCCCCCCGAAACCCGCAAGUCCCAGCUCAUCAGAACCUACACCUCGCUCCUCCGCACCACGCCCCUGAUCCUCUUCUUCCAGCACAGCAACCUGACGGCCGACGAGUGGUCCGCCGUCCGCCGCGAGCUCAACAACGCCCUCGUCGCCGCCACCCCCGCGGGUAGCGCGAGCCCCCUCGACGGCCGCGAGGUCCACCUCCAGGCCCUGCGCACGCGCAUGUUCAACGUCGCGCUCAAGCUCGCCGAGUUCUACGACCCCGAGGUCGCCAAGGCCAAGGCCGGCACGCGGACGGGUCCCAGGGGUCCCCUGGUGCACGAUCUGAGUAUGGCGGCCUACGAGGCGAUGAAGGACUUUGAGGUCCCCGAGGACUCGGCCUACGCGCAAAUCUCCCCCCUCCUCUGCGGUCCCACGGCGGCGCUGGUCUUCCCUGCCGUCUCGCCCGCGCACCUGGCCGCCGCGCUGAAGGUGCUGGCGCCGAGCCCGCCGGGGUUCGCGGCACCCGCGAGGAAAAAGAACCCGGGGUACUACGAGCCGCUGUGCCAGAGCGCGCUGCAAAAGCUGCUGCUCGUCGGCGGGCGGGUCGAGGGCGAUGUCUUUGACGUGGAUGGCGUCAGGUGGGUUGGCGGUAUCGAGGGCGGUCUCGAUGGGCUCCGGGCGCAGCUUGUGCACAUGCUCCAGAGCGCCGGGCUCGGUCUUACUGCGGCUCUCGAGGGCGGUAGCAAGAGCCUUUGGUUGGCGCUGGAGGGGCGGAGGACGCAGUUGGAGGAUGAGGGAAAGCCUAAGGAGAGCGUGGAGGAGACGAAGAGCGAGUAA